AUGCCCAACAGUAGGAGUUGCUGGUUUGAAUCAUGGUUCUUCCAAUCUGUGAACUACGGUGGGGCCCCCACAAAAGUCCUUAGUCUGAAUUCUCAGAGUGGUCCCAGAACUGGUAUUUCUGAAGUGAGUGAGACUUUCUUCCUAACCAAGGAAAAACAUGGUUACUUCCCAGUUUUCCAGCUGUCAGGGCAAGAGGAUUCCAGAGGAAAGGAGUUUGGGCACCUGCUCAGAUGCGCCUCUGCAACUCUGGAUCUCCUGCCCCUUUCUGGAGUGUGUGUGGUGGCUGAUCCCCUGCAAUGA